AUGGCACAGGCUGAGCGUCUCCAGACAUUUCCUUCCAAGCCACGAGUGUUUAUUCUCAGUGAUAUCUCCAAUGAACCCGACGAUGCAGAAUCCCUGGUGCGGUAUCUUCUCUACUCCAAUCAGUUCCAGACCGAGGGAUUGGUGGCCUGUACAUCGACAUGGAUGAAAACCAAGGUGUGUCCACAGGACAUGCAUAAGAUUAUAGAUGGCUACGAGAAAGUAGUCGACAACCUGAAUGCCCACGCCAAUCCGCAGGAUCCGUACCCGACAGCGGAAUACAUGAGAAGCCUGAUUAAGAAAGGCGCUGAGACCUAUGGAAUGUCCGCGGUCGGAGACGAUAUUCCGCUCAGCGAGGGUGGACAAUUACUACUAGAGCGCAUCGAGGCUGAUUCGAACGAGCCUCUCUGGAUUUUGUGCUGGGGUGGCACCAAUGUCCUCGCAUCGGUCUUGCUCAAGAUUCAAAAUACUAAGUCAGAAGAAGUUGCGGCAGCAUUCCGAUCGAAGCUGCGUGUCUAUACGAUUUCCGAUCAGGACGAUACCGGCGUAUGGAUCCGCAACAGAUACCCCGAUAUCUUUUAUAUUUGCUCAGUUCACGGAUGGAACAUGUACGGUAUGGCAGCAUGGUGCGGUAUCUCUGGCGAUGGUUGGUAUGGAUUUGAUAAGGGCGGUCCCGACCCAAGCAAGAUUAGCAAGGAAUGGAUUCGGGAGAAUAUUCAGAUCGGCCCUCUUGGUUCAACAUACCCGGACUACAUGUUCAUCCCUGAGGGUGAUACACCAACCUUCCUUUACCUGAUUCAGAAUGGUCUUGGAGUGCCAGAACGCCCAGAGUGGGGCUCAUGGGGAGGCCGUUACAUCGCGACGGACAUCAGCGCCAAAGGUCUCCGCAAUGGACACUACAGUGACACCGUCGACGAAGCGGUUGGAUUAGACGGACGCACGCACAAGUCCAACCACGCGACGAUCUGGAGGUGGCGCGAUGCCUUCCAAAAUGACUUUGCGGCGCGGAUGCAGUGGACGCUCUCGCCUGAGUUGAGCAAGGCCAAUCACCAACCUGUCAUCGUCCUGAACGGCAGCAAAGGCUUGGAGCCCUUACAUGUCGAGCUGGAGGCGGGCUCAACAUUUGAGCUUGACGCUUCCGAGACAUACGACCCGGACACAAACGACUCACUGACAUUCAAAUGGUAUCAGUACAAGGACCCGAGUGCGACGCAGUGGUCUGUCCAUCACGAAGUUGGACAGCUGCAGUUUGAACCCCUCAACCCCACUGGUAGCAAGGUCAAGGUGACCGUGCCGCCACCGGGAAAGUGUUGUCUUGAGCUUAUCAGUCGUGAAGCGCUCCCUAGAGGCCAGUUACUGCACAUCGUGUUGGAGGUGAAAGACAAUGGAACCCCGCCGCUGACCAGCUACCGACGAGUCACUGUCCAGACCUUGAACGAGAAGCUGCUGGGUGGCGGUGGUGGUGCGGAGGCUAUUGGUGACGUGAUGAGAGACAUGAUGUAA